UCGGGUCUAAGCGCAUAAACUAAGGAUAAUCACAGAUAAAUCUGCGCCCGAUCUCACCGGUUUUGCUCAGCUCAGCGAUCCCUCUUGAUCUAUUGGACGCACCAUUCGCGGGGUGCAGUGAAGGACGAGAAGGCUGGCCAACAGGAUCAUCGCAGCCACAAGGCUGAGAAUGCCAUCGAACUGACAACUCAUGAGUGCAUACAGACCCCGCGUCUUGUAAUAAGUGACAGCGCAUGUGUUUUGAGCCUCAUUCUAGGAGAAGUCGUCGCGAUGUAAUAAAGGGAGGUGUUUCGUCGGACUUCUCGCAAGUAUCAGCCGGCGUCCUUUGGUGUUAGCACAAUAUGUCUGUCAGCGAUAACUCUACUUUGGAUGUGUCGCACGAUAACGAUGGUUUGGGUGGAUACGCGUAUGGCAUGGGAGACUUAGCAGUCAGUCCUGAAGAGGUCUCCCCCUAUGCAACCACGCAGAUGGUGUCGCUGGAAGUCGGGCCAGAAGCAACUCGCUUCCUCGUCCACGACAGCGUCUUGAGCCGUAGCGAGGUCCUUGCCGCAAAGUCUUACCCACUGGCUUUCGUGAAGCAGUCCGUACUUCUCCCAGAGCUGGAUCUGAACACAGCACACACUUUGGUACACUACUUGUAUACCGGCAAAUACCAGAGCAUCAACACACCGGCAUCGUCCGACAAGGUCAUACCCGAAGUCUAUAAGCUCGGUGCCGGUGUAUACUGCGCCGCCGCUCGCUACAAGCUACCAGGUCUCGCUGAGCUUGCCCAAAACAAGCUUAAGUUUCUCGACGAGGAGAUGAGCAUCUUCGAUAUCCUUACCGUAGCGAGAGAUCAUGCAUUCCCUUUGCUACCGGAAGAUGAUCUAUGGUAUCCGAGCUAUGUCGAACAAUCACUCAACAAUGCCAUGGCAUACGAUCCAGAGCCGUUCCGAAAGCCGGACUUCAUUACGACGGUGGAGGGUAACAGCAGGCUUCUACAGCUCGUCUGGAAGACUGUGAUGAGUAACUACGCCCGAGCGCCGGCGACACCGGUGGUCAACAAUGAAGAAGCUUCCACUCCAACAGCCGAGCUCGUGCCGGAGUUGGAUGAGCCGAUUGGUGGUGAAGAGGCUACUUCUACGAUUGCGCCGCCCAAAGUCGAAAACAAAGAACAACCAAUAGCGAAAGCAGUAUCGGCGCCUGUUCCGAAAGAUGAAGUUGCUGACGCCCCGAUUGUAAGCGACAGAGUCGCUUCGAAGCCCACUGAAGAAGUCACCCCGAAGCUUGAAGAAGCCCCGCCAGUACAAAAGCCAGCAACGCUCGAGCCCUUCACGGACGAGCUGGACUUCAAAUCCUCAAAGACGUACCAGCAGAUGGGCAACAGGAAGCCAGAACAAGUCAAUACUAGUGAUGCCGUCUCAGAUACCACCAAAGCACCCGUUCACGUACGUUCAGAUUCGGUGAUGCAGGUCGAGCAGCCCGUGGUAACUCCCACUGAUGAGAAGACGAAGACCGAUGGUGUUGUGCAAGCGGAAGAUGGAUUUGAGCCUCUACCGAUGGACGUGGGAUCGAGCAAAGGCAAAAAGAACAAGUCCAAGAAGUCCAAGAAGUCCAAGUCGUCUGUUAUCGAGCCUGUCGAGUAGGAUCGGAAGAUGUGGAGGGUCGGUCUAGGAGAGCAUGUACAGCUCAGGGUUAGCAAGCUUCAGGACUCUGUCGCACAAGUGUCAA